AGGUCCUUCCACGGUCUUAUGAACACCUGAGCAGGUGAACGCGCGUACACCGCAUGGUCGGCUCGGCCCUGAUGGGUGAUGGAGACUUGCUCAGUGUCGAGAACAACAUGGCCACGAAAUAACUUCAGUAAAAGUUUUUUUUUCGAUCGCAACUGCUUUUUGUUGGCCCGAAUGCCCCGUUACACGUAGACAUUUCGACGGUUUUUCACGGGAAAAAUUUGCUCGGUUUUCCGGAAAUUUUUGUGCAGUGAUAAAGGAUUUCAGUUUAUAGGAGUGAAAUAAAUUAGGCCUUCGGUAGUUGACGCAACAACCCACCACAUAAUCGUUACCAAAAAAAGAAAAUGAACGGGAUGAUUCAAAGUUCAUACAAAGCGAUGUACCGUCCAAAUUUCUACGAAAGCACCUGCUUGCGUUGCAACGAAACGGUAUACCAGGUGGACCGUGUCGGACCUUUAAAAGACUUUACGUUUUUUCAUAGUGGGUGUUUCAAAUGUGCCGUUUGUGGGACCAAGUUGACACUUAAAACGUAUUACAACAACCAGCACCGGCAGGAAGACAAAGAAGUGUAUUGUAGCGGGCACGUGCCCAAAAUCGGACCGGGACAUUUGGACGGUUCUUCUGUAGGAAUUAGGAGCGCUCUUAAUGUACCGAAAUCGUCCAAUUUUGUUAAUGAACAAAUUCGAGGGCCCGGAAGGAGUAGUCUUGAUGGAGGAGAAGCCCUUCAUGUUCGUACCCACGUCAACGGUAACUCACAUCAGCCUCAUUCGCCUUCCUAUGGUGAACCUCAUUACAGUCCCACAUCCUAUACAGAUGGUGCUUCCCCCACAGGAUACCAAUAUGGCAGAUUCGAUGCGAGUGCCUUACAUAUUGCACACGCUCUAAAACAGACUGAAUUGCAAAAGAGCUAUAAAAUUCAUAGGGAAAAACCGAUUGAUGUAUAUUUAGACAGAGAUGAACAAAGACGACUCGAAAUGAUUCACCGAAAAGAAGAAGAUGACUUAUAUAGAAAAUUUGCUCGGCAAAGGGAGGAAGAAGAACGACGAAUAAGGGACGAAAUUAGGGACGAAUGGGAAAAAGAACUAGAAAGGCUCACCGAUCGAUUUGAAAGAGAAAUGCAGGUGAAACGAAAAAGAGACGACCAAAACAUACUGACGUUACGACAUCAACAAGAAAGAGACGAUUUAGAGAAAAAUAUGACUUUAAGAAGGGACAAAAAGAAGGAAUCUCUUACAAGGAAAAUGUUAGAGCACGAAAGGGCGGCAACGGCCGCUUUGGUAGAAAAACAAAGUCAUGAAAUGUUGGAAUUAAUCAACGAAAAACGCAGUGAAUACAUGCAAGCUGAGUCUUUGUACCUGGACCACAAUGAUGGUUUCACUGAAGAGGCACAGCCUUAUCCAGUACAUGCACCUCCACCCGCCCCACCGGCUUUAAGUAAAUUCCAAGUCUAUAAUGAUCCAGUGGAAUUUUCAAAUGUGGAUCAGAUAGCUAUAUCAGUUGCUCAAGAAGACCAAAAAUCAUUUACCGAUCUAGUGAGGCUAUUGGUAGGCAGAUGUGGAUCGGAUAUAGAAAAAGCUAGAACUAUAUUUAGGUGGAUUACAGUAAAAAACCUCAAUACAAUGUCCUUUGAUGAAAAUUUGAGAGGAGACACCCCAAUGGGGUUAUUGAGAGGUAUCAAAAAUGGCACCGAGAGUUAUCAUGUGUUAUUUAAAAGGCUUUGCAGCUACGCUGGAUUACAUUGUGUCGUAAUAAAAGGCUAUUCAAAAUCAGCAGGAUAUCAACCGGGAGUGAGAUUCGAAGACAAUCGUUUUAGAAAUUCCUGGAAUGCUGUUUAUGUAGCUGGAGCUUGGAGAUUUGUACAGUGUAACUGGGGUGCAAGACACCUGGUUAAUGCUAAGGAAGCUCCUAAAGCUGGAAAUAAAGCAAAAUCAGAUAGCUUAAGAUACGAAUAUGAUGAUCAUUAUUUUUUGACUGACCCCAAGGAAUUUAUAUAUGAAUUCUUUCCCCUGCAAGCUGAAUGGCAGCUGCUCAAAAAUCCAAUAACUCUCCAAGAGUUUGAGGAACUUCCAUUUGUGAGAUCUCUGUUCUUUCGCUAUGGAUUAUAUUUUUCUGAUCCUAAGACCAAAGCAGUUAUGUUCACGGACUCAACAGGUGCUGCUACAGUAAAAAUAGCUAUCCCAUCACACAUGCAAGGAACUCUGAUUUUUCACUACAACCUCAAGUUUUAUGAUAGCGAUGGUGAUACUUUUGAGAACGUAUCACUUAAAAGAUUUGUCAUGCAGUCUGUUGUUGGUAAUACUGUAGCCUUCAGAGUCCAUGCCCCUUGCAGCGGAGCCUUUUUACUAGACAUUUUUGCUAAUGCAGUUACACCCAAAGAAUACCUAACUGGUGAACCUAUGAAAUUCAAAAGCGUUUGUAAAUUUAAAAUAUGCUGCGACGAUUUACAAACUGUCAUGGUACCUUUGCCUGAUUGUGCUAGUGGUGAAUGGGGACCCACCAAGGCUACAAGAUUGUUUGGGUUGGUUCCUAUAACCCACCAGGAUGCUCUUAUCUUUGCUGGUCGUGAACUAGAGGCCCAAUUCCGAAUGUCACGUCAGCUAACUGAUUUCAUGGCGACGCUUCACAAAAACGGCGUAGAAGAGAAACGAUUAUCCAAAUUUGUCUCUCAUAAUGUCACAGAUGACAUAGUGACUUUUAAUAUCAGUUUCCCAGAAGAAGGACAGUAUGGGCUCGAUAUUUACACAAGGGAAAUGGCGUCAUUGCAAGACUCGCCCGGUGAAAAACAUCUGCUUACCCAUUGUUGCAAAUACCUCAUUAAUUCGUCAAAACGUAAUUAGGUUACCUUAAGGAGAGAAUUUUAUUGUGGGGUGGGAUAAAAGAGGAAAACAUCCCACCUUAAUCUUGUGCUUUAACAGUUAUUUUCUAUUUUUUAUAUUUUCAGAUGUUAUCUAGUCCUAAAAUUAAUUUACAUCUAAAAAAAUAAUUUAUCAUUAACCAAAUUUACCAAAACUAAGGAUUUUUGGCGACCAUUGGUGCUAUUUUCUGUGAGAAAAUAUUUGAAGAAACUAAUAGGUAUUUAUAUGUAUAUCACUUGAGUCAAGAUUGCACAAAGUGUGUGUAACAGCAUACGUGUGACAAUAAUGUAACACUUAUCGCAAGUGUUGUAAAGAACAUUUUAUGUACAACUGUCGUCGCAUCAUCCUUAUAGUAAGACAAAAUGUCGGCCCUAUUAGGACAACAAGUUUUAUUAUUAUCAUAAACGUGUAAUGUGUAUUACGUUUUUUGUUAAUUUACUAAAUUCUAAUUGUCACUGUUAAAUUAGUAUCUUUGCAUGACAGUUCUAGAUAGAAUAUUAUGUACCUAAUUUGUAAGCCUAACAUACUUGCCUUAGUAGAUGACCUAUUGUUUUUAUCGAAACCUGCUUACUAUUUCAUUUUUAAAGGGUAGGUAGGUAUAGUUAUUAUCCUAACAAGCAAGCAGAAAGUUAUACUUUCCCGUACGCGACUGCUGUUGACCCGGCAAGCAGUCAAGGACGGGAAAAAAAACUUUAUGCAUGAGAUAGGAUCAAAAUUUUUUCUACGACCAUAGCAAAGUAGGGCACAAAGAAAAUAUGGGUUUUUUUAUUAAACAUAUAAGUAUUUUAUAAUAAUCCGCAUUUAUUUAUUAUCAUAGAUAUUGAUUGUAAAAGUGCAAUGAGUAUUCGACGUCAUUGACAAGUCGUCAGUUACAAGUGUCGUCACUGGAGACGAGGGUUCUGAUCUCAGCUCUGGUACCUUUUGCGAAUGACUGCUUGACAUUGGAGAUUUUGUGUCGAUUGUCAAUUUUUUUUAUGUUAAAGGUUACUUUUCCGCAGUGAGUGCGGGAAAGUGACACUUUCUGAACUAAAAUGAGUGCGGGAAAGUGGGUGAAAUCGCACGGUCGUAGAAAAAAUGUUUUUACAACUUAGAUAAUAUGCUACUACGAAACCUUUAAAAAGAAUAGAUAGGUAGGUACCUAAUACAAAAGUGCAAUAAUAACACACAAAAACGAAUCUAAAUAAACAAGUUUAGGAAAAAAAAUAUAUUUUUGUAAUAAUACUUAUUAUUAUGCACAUGUUAUGAAUUUAUAUAUUUUUGUUAUGUACUUUAUUAUUGAAUAAUAUUUUUUUGUAAAUGGCUUUAAAUUCACACAUUCCACAUAAUUGUAUUGCAUUUUAAAGUAAUAAAAUUU